AUGAAGCACCUCGCAGCCUACCUUCUCCUCGGCCUUGCCGGCAACACCGACCCCUCUGACUCUGACAUCAAGGGUGUUCUUUCCUCCGUCGGAAUCGAUGCCGACGAGGAGCGUCUCUCCAAGCUUCUUUCCGAGCUGAAGGGCAAGGAUAUCUCUGAGCUGAUCGCCGAGGGUUCUACCAAACUCGCAUCCGUCCCAUCUGGUGGUGCCGGUGGUGGCGCUGCUGCCCCGGCUGCUGGUGGCGCUGCUGGUGGUGCUGCCGCCGCUGAAGAGGAGGCGCCGGCCGCCAAGGAAGAGGAGAAGGAAGAGUCCGACGAGGACAUGGGCUUCGGUCUCUUCGACUAA